GAUUAGUAGAGUUCCGAGUAUUCGUUGGAUAGAUCUUUUGGAAUUUCAAAAAUUUGUUUAGGAUUUACGUAUUAUCUAAAUUAUAUGUUUAAAACAAAAUUAAAAAACCAUAGAAAAUUUUCAUUGCGAGAAAAGUUUUCAGCAUGCUCUCAUUUCCCAAAAGAUGUCGCGUAGGCAACAUCGUUUCGGUGGCUCGGCUGGGAUCGUUUAGCCUGGCAAACCGACCAAUACGCCAUUACUCGGACAAGGAGGAGUGUAAGCCAGUAACUGCCUCCAAGUGCGGUCUUGUGCUUAACGAAUACACCUGUGGCUUAAAGCCCACGAAGAUGUACGUUACCAAGCCGAAGGUUCACCAUCCUCCCCUGGUGUCGAUGUGGAAGAUUGAAGAUUGUGAACCGGAAAUAUGUACUUUGGAUCUUCGCUACGACAUGAAGUAUUACCGCAUUUCAGAUAAGAAGAAGCGCAAAUACCAGGUGACAUGGAACGAAUGCCCACGCCUUCUUGUCAAACCAAGAAAAGUGUGCCUCUACGAAAAAAUGGUGCGCCCCAAGAUAGAGCGUCGCAAGCACGCCAAGGUGAUUGCUGUUCCACAGAUAACGAAGUCAUGUAUCGCACUAAUACGUAAAGAUACGUGCGAGUACGUCAAAGCUCCUUGCUGCAAAGUUGGUCGCAGACCACCCAAGUGCCGUGCUGCUUUCCGCACUCUUGGCAGCUGCAAAAAACGCAAGACGCCCUAUCCAAGCUUUUCGGAGUGCAAAAAGGAUGAAGCGAUACCAUUACCGCCGACCGAAUGUAAAUGCUUGAACGCCUUUGCCUUGUGCGAUGCAUGGGCAGUAUUGCGGCGACGUAUUGCUAGGGGACAACAGCCAGGCCAGGCCUGUGGCGAAGCUUAAGACUUAGCUCGAAUAGUAAGGUGCCCCAAAGUCCCGAUGAGCAAGAGAUCUAGUAUGACAUACUCGCGACGGAUAACACAAAUAAUAAAAUUAUAUUAUAUAUAAAUUUAUUACAAAAUAACUGACAUUUAUAAUAGCUUCAUGUUAAAUAAACGCAAAUGCAAAUUUCUUACCAGA